UUACAGGCACGUACGUUUUAUUUACGGCGAUUGUUAAUUUUAAUUGAUUAUUGCUUAUUUUUGAUUUGAGAGUAAUGUCAAAUCGUAUAAAUUUGACUUAGCUCAAAUCGUUGAAAUUUGUCCUACACAUUCACAAAAAAAUGAUAAUUUUUGAAUUUGUUUAAAUCUUUCAGAAAUUGAGUUGUAUAAUACAUACAUACAUACAAACAUAGGUAUUUCAAAAAUGGUUUUUGGUGCGAAAAUUUUCUUAUUAAUUGCAUUUUGUCACAUUUUACGUUUUGAAACUUACACUUGUGCAUUAAAUGAAAGCAAGAAAAUAUCUAGCGUACAUUCCGCUGAAUCCGGGAAAUACACAUUUCUUGUGACGGGUGGCUAUCGUCCUACACAAGAUACGCUAACAAAACAUCUUGUUUCCAUAAGGGGACCAAAAGAGAUUAAAUCAUUCGGUGAUAACCAUUUUUGUGGCGGCUCCAUAAUAUCGCCAAAAGUUAUUCUCACGGCAGCACAUUGUGUAUGCAAAAGAAAGACUCGAUUUCUAAAGGAGCCAUCAAAAAUAAUCGUUGUUGCAGGCACUCCAAAGCGUUGUGAGGCCGCGAACACAACACAGAUAAUGAAAGUUGAUAGAAUUGUGAGACAUACGUACUACAACCCAAAGACCUUGCGAAAUGAUAUAGGUAUUUUAGUCUUGCAGAAACCUAUACAUGAAGAUGGCAUUUCCGCACAAAGUAUAAAUCUUACAUUAAGUCUUACUCCGUAUUCAACUGUUUGUACUGUUGUUGGUUGGGGUCGUGUAUUUUAUAAUGGCCCUUUCCCAAAUCAAGCGCUCUACGUGAAUGUCAGUGUAUUUGAAGACUCGUACUGUAGUUCUGUAACAAAGAAGUUUGCUUAUGGCAUGUUUUGCUGUGGUGAUAUCUAUGAUCAUCAGAGGGAUUCGUGUAGUGGAGACUCUGGUGGACCCUUAAUUUGUAAUGGUAAUCUGACCGGCAUUGUAUCCUUUGGUAUUGGUUGUGGUACUCCAAAUACUCCAGGUUAUUAUACCAAUGUUAGUUCAUAUAUUGAUUGGAUUCGUAAAAACGAUUCUAAGAAAAUAAGGCCUGAAAUUUUGUCAAUAUUAGCAAAUAUAUUCAUUGGAAUAAAUGUUGUUUAACGUUGUAAA